CCUUUAAGCCCAUCGUAACCGUACAGAGAGCGCGCGAGUGAGAGAGACAGAGAGGGAGAGGAACAUGCGCUCGAAUAGCCUGAUUAUUGGUCUGCUGACUAUCUGUCUGGCUUACGCACAGGCCCAAUUUUGGAAACAAUCGACGAACGAUUAUCAGAGCUGGGAGCGUGAGACGAUAGCGAAUCGUGAACCGGGCAUCUGCUACAAAACAGUAUAUGUCCAAACUCUGAAUCCUGAACUCAGACAACGUCAGAUUUCACAUUGCUGUAAGGGCUAUGCAAUACGUAAGACUUCCAACUCUGGUACUCUGCUCUGUGAGCCGAUCUGCAAUCCGGAAUGCAUUAACGGUGUGUGCGUCUCGCCUGGAAAUUGUGAGUGCGGGCCUGGAUACUCAUAUCACUCGGAGAGUCAGCGACCAUGUCGCAAAUAUGGGGAAUAGAACUGAAUAAAUACUAGGAAAAUAAUACAAAAUAA